CACGCGGAAGUAAGUCAGCCAAGAUGGCAGCGUCUGUGGCCGGCGUGUUUUGAUUUCAGCGGAGUGUCAAACAUGCACAGCAGUUCCGAAUUUACGAUUUGCAUGACUGACAAAGGAGAUUUUGAGAGCGGAAUAUGGACAGACGAGAGUUUGUUGCGUCCCUCGUGGCAGGAGGUUGUGCAGGAAUGUGUGUGGAUCUGACCCUCUUCCCCCUGGACACCAUUAAGACCAGACUGCAGAGUCAGCAGGGUUUCUACAAAGCCGGGGGUUUCAGGGGCAUCUACGCUGGGGUUCCAUCUGCUGCCGUCGGCUCCUUCCCCAGUGCUGCUGCUUUCUUUGUCACCUACGAAUGCACGAAGUCCCUGCUCAGCGCCAGGGGAGCACUGGCAGCACCGCACGUGGCACCUGUCACUCACAUGCUGGCCGCCUCCCUGGGUGAAAUAGUGGCGUGUCUGAUUCGGGUACCCACAGAGGUGGUCAAACAAAGGACCCAGGCUUCUCCCUUGUCCACCACCUACCGCAUACUGCUGGCUACACUCAGAGAAGAGGGUGUUCGAGGAUUGUACAGAGGAUUUGGGAGCACAGUUCUUCGAGAGGUCCCGUUCUCCCUGGUGCAGUUUCCGCUCUGGGAGUAUUUAAAGACACUCUGGUACUGGAGGCAAGGUCACAGACUCUACUCUUGGCAAGCUGCUGUGUGCGGAGCUUUUGCAGGUGCAGUAGCAGCAUUUGUUACCACUCCUCUUGACGUGGCAAAGACCAGGAUCAUGCUUGCAAAGGCUGGGUCGGCCACAGCCAGCGGCUACAUCCCGCUGGUGCUCUAUGACGUGUGGAAGACCCGAGGCCUUACAGGUCUGUUUGCCGGCAGCCUACCGAGGAUGACCUUCAUCAGCAUCGGCGGUUUCAUCUUUCUGGGAGCCUACGACAAGGUGCAUCACAUUUUGCUAUAGCGGCAUGGUCUCGGACUGUCCUAAGGCCGGUGGAGGAGCAGCAGGGAAAGCAUCUCUGGUGCUGUUUAAAAGCAGCACCCUCAUCUCCCAGAGGGCCCCUGUGCCUCCAUGCUCCUGGGCCCUAUGGUGCAUGGUGCAUGGGGUAAGAGUUGUUCACGGACCUGAUCACAUUACCCAGAGUGCUGCGUUCCUGCUUCUCAGUGCCCUUUGGAUUGAGUUUAACAACCUCAGUCUCACUUCUUUAACAGCUCUGUUGGUUUGGUGACACAAAGCCACACACGACUAGCAAUGCAGCAUAUUCACUGUUUAAUGUACGUGAAUAAUAAGUUAUGAUUAAAGACGGACUUUUAUACUGAA